GUGUUUCUUCAAAGAUUUGACAGCUCGGGAGGAAAAUUUUUGGGAUCGAACACAAUUUUUGCAAAAAUUCGCAUUCUAAAGUGAUUUAAAAUGGAGUGAAUGUGUGUACGCCCGAUGCAGUACGUGUCCGUGUAACGUUUUACAGUGGAAGUCGGCAGAACUGUGACCGCACCAGCAUACCAGAACGAAUUCAAGUUUUUGCCCUUUCAUUGCAACCCCAUCAUACGAUUAUAUUAUUCUGCUGUGCUGUGUGUAUACUUUUGCUGAGCUGCGGAGGAAGAGGCAAUAACAGCAGCAACAAGAAAAUAGCAAACGAAACGCAAAAAUUGUACACUUUCCUGCCAACCAGCGAAGCUCACUAGCUUGCUAAAACUGGCUCACGGGCCCAGCGCGGAAGAGGUGUUCGUCACACAACAGUGUUGUAUAGUUGCGUUCCAGACGCUAAACUAGCUAUUGGCGAAGUACAGAGUACACACGCAAUUCAGAGGUCAUGUCAUGCCAGCAGGCGUCUCGGGUACAGGAAGAUCCAUAUGCCUUUACAGAACCGGCACCUCUGCAAGCAACUACUACCUUGUACAAACAUCCGCAACAGAACAACCCUGGCCCCAGUGGUAGUAGUGCUACUACCGCGCCGGUGAUACAGGCUGGAACCAGCCUGCUGACCAGCAACAGCGGCAUAAACCAUGUCGUACAGCAACAACGCGUAUCUGUGGCAGCACCGAAGGUAACUCCGAUAAAAGUUACCCUGGUGCCAUCACAACUAGGAGCAUUAAACAAGCCGCGGUUAAAUGGGGCCACGUUUGCGACAUGUCCGAGCGGAACGGUUUUCCGGACUGUUUCUGUUUCCGUACCACAGGCAACGACAAUCGUGCAGAGACCUGCGGCUAGCUUUACAUCAUCCCAGACUACAUUUGCUACUUAUACGACUACUUCUACGCCCACAACAGUAUUUACGAGACCGUUACAGGUUCAAAUAUCUCCCCAGCAAAUGGGCAAAUUUACCCGACGUGUGCUUGCCAGCAAAUCACCAAAUGUGUCCCCUGUGACUGGUACUAUUCAAACGCUUAGAAUAGUGAAAGCUGUGAGCCCUCAGCAGCAGCAGCAGCUACUGCAGCAACAACAACAACAGCAACCCGUCGGAGCUAGGCCUACCCUAACGCCAGACGCUCGGAGAUAUAUUAAUCAUUCCAGUAAUAGCCUUCUGGGAGGACAGAUAGUAUCAUCACCAACGCCGGCAACACCAGCAGGAACGACCAUUACUCCUUCUGUGCCGAUUAUUCAAACAAUAUCUCCAACAAAGAUCCGUCUGAUCCAACCGCAGUCUCAGGGGAAGAUUUUUAUCCACACGCCAAACAGUAGCAACACUUUGGCAGCGGCAACGCACAUCUCUAAUCCGGCUAGCAUAGCCGCCCUUCGGAACACAUUGGUCAAACAAAAUCUUUCUCUUCUCAACAAGAGUCCACAAACUGUCGUGGUGGCGGCACCUACCCUGCAGGGAACUCCCCCGACUAAAAACAUUACAGUUCUUCCAGCGGCCAAAGCGCAGUCACUUCCGACGAUCCCUAAAACAGCUAUUAGCAUCAGACGAACAUCACCACCGACAAGCCAAACGAGUCUCCAGACGGCAACUACUAUCGUUGCUGCUCCUCCCACUAUAACUCCGGUUGUUGCAGUACCGGCACAGACAACGGUUCUGAUCCCACCGGUGAAGAAAAUCCCCCUAAAACUACCCCCAGCGGCUCUAGUACAGCGUUCAAAAACUCCUACAACAUCGAUUCUGAAACCGCAAUUGCAACAACAAAAACAACAGAUACAGUCGCAACUACAGCAACAUCCAAAACCGCAACCACAACAGCAUCCUCAACACACCCAGCGUCUGCAAUUGCAACCACAACAGCAGCCGCAACCACAGCAACAUCUACAACCGCAACCACAACAGCAGCCUCAACCGCCACCACAACAACAUCCUCAACCACUCCAGCGUAUACAACUGCAACCACAACAGCAGCCGCAACCGCAACCACAGCAACGCAUACAGCUGCAACCACAACAGCGUAUACAACCUCCACCACAACAGCGUAUACAACCGCAACCACAACAACCGGUGCAACCGAAGCCCCAACAACAGGCGCAACCGAAACAACAACAGCAACUACAGGCGCAACCGAAACAACAACAGCAACUACAACCGCCACCGAAACCACAACAGGUUCUUCAACCGCAACCACAACAGUUGGUACAACCGCAUCCACAAUCACAACCGCAUCUUCAACCACAACAGCAGCAGCAGCAGUUGACACAACCCAAACCAAUUCCGCAGGACGACAUCGGUUUUACAAUCCCUUCGUUUAUAAUCCCCAAACAAGUCCCAAAAGUGGAGCAACCUGCCAUACCUAAACCGGUGCCUAAACCUGUGGUAGCGCCAGAAGUAUCAACCCCUACCAGCAGCGGUAGCAACAGUUCAUUCAUUGCACCGGUUGUACCGACGGUAAUCGCCUCCACCAGUAGCAGUCCGUCCACCGAGCCGAAAUCAGCGGCAAAACAACGUCGAACGAGCCAAUCGACGCAGGGAGCCAAGCGAACCAAGCGAUCUUAUAGCAAAUCAUCGCAUCAUGAAACGCUACAGAGGAUAACCUCGACUAAAAAAGAUCCUAACGAGUCCGGCAACAGUGCUGACAGCAAACCUCAGGCGAUUCGAUUCCCCAAGUGGAAACCGCCGGGAGCAGUAGCAGUUCCAAUUAAUAAAGAAUGGCAUGCACCCGGCUCGUACAUAUAUGACAUUUGCACGCCUGGUUCCCCAAGUCUGGCCUCGCUAGAACUGGCUCCGUGCUCUAUGGAUUACUGGUUUGAGGAAUUAUACGCCAGUACCGAGAUGGACGCUGAAGCAGCUGCCUGCGCGAUGAGACCUCGCAAGGGACGCAAAGCGCUGAACGAGGAAGCGCAGAGUAAGUUGCUGUUGGAUGACGGAGAGCUUAAGAUGCUUACCCGGGAUGAACGGCUCGAGCUGAAAAAGGCAUAUCUACGACGAAAAGCGGUUCAAAAGUGGAAUGGGCAACGGUUUCGCAGCAUUGAACCGGCACGGAAACGACUCAAGACGGUGAGCAAGAUGGUGGCUCGAUUGGACGAGCAACGGGGGACGAUGCUUAAGAAAAAUGGCGGCGCAGAACAACCCAAAUGCCAGCGACCGGACUGCAACCAAGUAGCCCUGUUGGCUACUACUCACUGUUAUCAGCAUAUUACCGAUAACCAUGAGCAGCGCCUGUUCCAGCAGUGCACGGCUAAGUUCUCUGACAACAGCCAGUGUCGGGUGCCGGUUUUUAACUUAAGUCACGGAUUGAUUUUGUGUCGCGAACAUGCCUGGAAGCACGACAAUCACGACAAAAUGACUGCCGAAGUAAAAAUGCUGAAGAAACCUACUGCAACCGUCGCUGCAAAGAAGAAAAUGCCGAAAGCGGCAACAAUUGUCACAGCGACCUCCCCUGUAACGAACCGAGCAGUACCGCCGGCCGCAACGGUGACUAGCACCAAGAAGAAAACUAAGAAAAAGAAACUAACCCCUCUGCAGCAGCAGCUGGCUCUGCAUCAACAACACUACAAGCAACAAUAUUCAAGUAUUAUCCACUCGAAACCGACCAUACCCCCACCCGCGUACGGAACAUCAUCCAACAAUGACCAGAAAACGACUCCACCGGCGAGUACGUUCCGUCAAUCGGGCAAUAUGAUGUACACACAGAACAAGAUACAACCGAGCACUACGACAUCGGGUAAUAUACCGCAACCCACCACCCGCAACGUCCACAUUCCGAUGCUCCAAAAACAGCGUCAAUCUCUGCACUCUUACCAGCAACAACCACAACAACAAAAAUCGGUGCUGAUUACACAGAACCAUCUUAAUCUGAACCAACAGCAGCACCAUUUGAUUAGUCGGAACGAUGAUCUAAUGCUGAACUACAAUGCGCAACAGGCACAGCAGCAACAGUUCAAUCAACAGCAGGUCCAUCAGGUUCUGGGGAACACCACACAAGAUCUGCUGAACAUAUGCGAAAACAGCUCGGCCUAUGCCAGCUCCGAGGACACUGGCGUUGGUGGUUUAUCUGAAUCCGAAUUGAUGGCUGCCCAGGACGUUAUAGAGGAAAUACCAUUCGAGAUUGGUAGUUUGAACAACGUGCUGAGUCAGCUGCCACCUGAUGCAUUUCACGAGUUAUUAUUUAAUGAGCAAGAAGAGCAAAAUGGCCCCACCUUUGAGUCAACCCAGCAAGAGGAGGAAGAUCUGGAACGUGCGCUGGAAGUGGUUGGCGAGCAUGUGAAAUCCCUCGAGGACAUGACGGUUGAGUCCGCCAACUUUCUGGGUGACUUUCUUGACAAUGUGGACGACGAAAUGCUGGACGGGUCGGACAUUUGCUCCGACCAGAUGCUGCAGUCGCCCAACACCAACGACAUUCGCGGACUGGUCCACACGUGAACCGUUGGAGGGCCAUGCGUGUGAAUGAUCUGAUAGGGGAUGAGGUAAGCGUGAGUUGCGAAUGCCUACAAGUUCGCCUAUGCUGAGAAAUAGUAUAACGCUUUGAUUUUUGUAGGAAUGUUUGGAAAGUGAUAUUUUGUUUGUUCGGUCGAAAUAAAGUGUAUGUAAACAUUUA